UAUUGUAAUCUAAUAACUAAAUUGUUUUAGAUUGUUAACCAGAGUUAAAUAACAAAUAAAUAAAUAUAAUGGCAGUACACAAAGAUGAAGUUGUAAUAUCAGGUAUCGGUGGAUUGUUUCCAGAAAGCAAUAAUAUAACUGAGUUAAGCGAUUUGUUAUUCCAAAAAAAAAAUGGAGUAACUAUUGAUUCAAGGAGAUGGAAACUAAAUGAACUAGGUGCAUUAAGUGGAACUGGAAAAAUUAAAAAUAUUGAUACAUUCGAUUCCAUAUUCUUCAGGGCUCAUCCAAAACUUGCUCAAGUUAUGGAAACAAUGACAAAAAUAUGCUUAGAAAGAUCAAUAGAAGCGAUUAUCGAUGCCGGUUUGAGUCCAGCAGACUUGCAUGGAACAAAUACAGGAGUAUUUCUGGGAUCUGCAAUGAGUGAAACGGAAUUGUCAGACGUAUAUAGCGAUUCAUUUGUAGGAUUUGUAAUGUUAGGAACUAGUAGAGCAAUGCAAGCAAACCGACUUUCUUUUAUUCUUAAUUUGACAGGACCUAGUUUUACCAUGGACGGAGGAUGGAUUUGUGGCUCCGAUGGUUUGAAAAAAGCCAAAGAAAUGAUUGAAAAUGGUUUAUUAUCAUCUGCGAUUGUCGGGGUUACUAAUCUCACACUUCGACCAGAAUUACAAUUCCUAUAUGAAGGUUGAAUAGAUUAAACAAAAGUGAUCAAACUAAACCAUUCAGUUCUGA